CUGCUAAAAAAUAAGCAAAAAUGGCCGUACGACCAGCGUUUAAGCCGAAGAUUGUGAAGAAGCGGACGAAGAAAUUCAUCCGCCACCAGUCGGAUCGCUAUGACAAACUCGCGCCUAACUGGCGUCGGCCGAAAGGUAUUGACAACCGAGUGCGUCGUCGCUUCAAGGGACAGUACCUGAUGCCCAACAUUGGUUACGGUUCGAAGCAAACCACCCGCCAUAUGCUGCCGAAUGGAUUCAAGAAGUUCCUGGUCCACAACGUCCGCGAGCUGGAGGUGCUGAUGAUGCAGAACCGUGUGUACUGUGCCGAAAUCGCGCACGCCGUGUCGUCCAAGAAGCGCAAGGCAAUCGUCGAGCGUGCAAAGCAGCUGGCCAUCGCCGUGACGAACCCGAACGCGAGACUCCGUGCCCAGGAAAUGGAGUAAGAUGCUUUAUCACUCGGUCGGUCGCAGCGUUUUGGUUCGAUGGAGCUCUAUUAUUCUUUCUUUCUAUUGGAAGAAUGGAUCCCGUUUUGAGAAGUAAUAAUAAGAAAGAUCACCCUUAAAACGGCAAA